AUGGCGGCACCAGCCCCAGCACUCUGCCUCUUUUUACGUAGAUGGGACCAUGACAGCUCCAUGGCAGUGGUUGAGAAAUAUGAUUAUGCGUUUCCAGAAAAUGGAAUGGUAGCAUACAAAGAUGACAAGCUCUUGUGUAAACAGAAUAUUCAGAGUCACCUGGGUGAGGCUCUAAUCCAAGAUUUAAUCAACUGCGGUAUAAGGUACAUCGCAAAAAUUAAACUCCUAGACUCAAGCUACCAAAACAAGAAGAGGGGUACUUUCAUUGAAUUCCACAAUGGGAUGUUAAUUGUGUCCCCUAUUAGUAGGAGCUGUAGCCAGGAAGAACGCAUUGAGUUCUAUGAAGUCAAUAAAAAAGAAACUAUAAGACAAAAAUUUGUAGCUGAUCUACGGAAAGAAUUUGCAGGAAAAGGCCUCACAUUUUCCAUAGGAGGCCAGAUCAGCUUUGAUGUCAUUCCUGAUGGAUGCAACAAGAGGUAUUGCCUGACACACCUGGAAAAUGAUGGUUAUAAGACCAUUUAUAUCUUUGGAGACAAAACCAUGCCAGGUGGCAAUGACCACAAGAUCUUCACAGACCCAAGAACCGUGGGCUACAGCGUGACAGUGCCUGAGGACACAUGCAGGAUCUGUGAGGGGCAUUUCUUCUGA